AUUGAAAAGCGGAUCAAGAAGCUGGACGAGUACGACGCGCUCCGCUAUCCCCGGAUAACGCAUCAUGACAAUUGCAUGAGGAUACCUGACUUUGUAGCUCGGUACGGCGCAGACGAGGCGCACGAUAGCGAGGUUGUAGUUCUUCAGGGCCGCGUCAUGUCUCGCCGCGCUCAGGGCUCCAAGCUCGUCUACCUGGAUAUUGUGGGCGAGUUCCAGAAAGUGCAAGUGAAGUCGAGCCUCGCCGACCUGACCGAUGUGACUGCCGAAGACUUCAAGCGCUGCUUCCAUCCUAUAUUGCGUGGUGACAUUGUCGAGGUCACCGGCAUCGCGACGCGUUCUGCCACGGGCGAGCUGACGCUCCAGGCUGCAAAGUUGCCCACGGUACUGACACCCAGCUUGGCGCCGUUGCCGCGAAAAGUGCAAGACGACGAGACCCGAGUUCUGAACCGGCACGUCGAUCUGCUCGUAAACCAAGACACGGCUGCUGUGCUUCGCACACGGUCCCAUGUCAUCAAGACGAUGCGUGACUUCUUCCACGACAGGAACUUCCUCGAGGUCCAGACGCCCAUCAUGGCGGACAAUGCCGGUGGCGCUGCGGCCAGGCCGUUCCUCACCACCGCAAACGAGUUCUCGAGCAGAGAGCUGGCCUUGCGUAUCGCUCCAGAGCUGUGGCUGAAGCGGCUGGUCGUCGGCGGGAUGGACAGAGUGUUCGAGAUUGGCCCGUCCUUCCGCAACGAGGGCCUCGACAAUACACACAACCCAGAGUUUACCACGUGCGAGUUCUACUGGGCGUACGCGAACCUGGCACAGCUGACGUCUGUCACGGAGCAUUUCAUCCGCUCGCUGUUCGCCUCCGCGAGGGUUCUUCACCAACAACUGGGGCGAGACACUCUCCUCCCUGACCUCCCCAACGAGGACUUUGCCUUCCCACAGUUCGAGUUCGUCCCGACCCUCGAGAAGAUCCUCGACAUCAAGUUCCCAGACCUGUCCCAGGACACGGCGUUCGACGAGCUCACCGCCCUGCUCGGCGACCGCAUCAGCCCUGCUGUGCGCAGCGAGCGCUCGCUGAACCGCCUCCUCGACCACCUGGCCGGUACAUACAUUGAGCCCUUCUCGCACACGACGCCCAUCCUCAUCACGCACCACCCAGCUUGCAUGUCCCCGCUGUCCAAGUCAUUCACCUGCCCAGCCACGAACCAACACGUCUCCGCCAGGGCAGAGCUCUUCAUCGGCGGCCGCGAGCUCGCAAACAUGUACGAGGAGGAAAACGACCCGGCGGCCCAGCGGCGCAAGUUCGAGGCGCAGGUCGCCGCGCGGCAGCACAGCGCGGCCGAGGCGGCCGAGACCCCCGCCGAGGUCGACGAGAGCUACGUCCAGGCCCUCGAGUACGGCCUGCCCCCGACCGGAGGCUGGGGCUGCGGCGUCGACCGCCUGGUCAUGCUGUUGUCUGGGACCCAGCGCAUCGGCGACACGCUGACGUUUGGCAGCCUGCGGAACGUG